AUGACGAGGGAGAGGAAGGCGGUGGAAGUGGAGGACGAGAAGGAGCCCGGUAAAGAGGACAGUGAACUGGAUCGUGGAAGUAACGGCAAUGCACAGAAGCACGAGAAUGUGGUAUCAUCCAUGGACAGCAUUCCUCGUCGAUGUGUUCUGGAACUAAAAAAGGUUGAAGUAGAGAGCACAUCACCUUCUGGGAACUGUACGGAAAACGAAAUAACGAAACCCCUGACCGAGACCGUGCCCAUUGAUUUCACCUCGAAUUUGCCCUAG